CAAAGUUCCUUCGUUUAAGACUCUCUGGGUUUCUGCGCAGUACUUCCUCGUAUCAAGCAUUGUACUUUUUUUGUACGAUUGGAUUCUCAUGCUUCCGAUCGAGAUCAGAUUUGUAUGGAAUACAAAACUACGACCUUUGAACGUCCUAUAUAUCCUUCAAAGAUACAUGCCGUUCAUCGACACCAUCGCUUUUGCUAGUACAGCCUCGCUUGUGAGGCCAAUGAACCCAGAUACAUGUCGUGUCUUGGUGAAUAUCAGUGGAUGGAUGUCUCUGGCUGGAAUAGCCCUCACGGAAGUCGUUCUAACAGUACGAACUUGGGCAUUAUGGGAGAACGAUAUCCGACUCUCAUUCGGCCUUCCUAUAUUCUUUGUGUGUUGCUGGGCACCUAGCUUUUAUAUCCUCCAUGUAUUUCUUCAAACACAAACUUUCAUACCUUCGCCCUUCCCACAAGAGUUUGGCUGUACUUACCUAGGCGGACAAUCGGUAUUUUACUUGUGCUGGGUCCUCUUGACAGUUUAUGAAGCGGGAAUGUUGUUGCUGAUGUUAAUUCCUGCCAUAAAAUCUUUUCGUUCGGGAAGAUGGUUUGCGUUAACGCGCAUAGUCUAUAGAGACGGCAUCACUUACUACAUUGUUUUGUUCGCUUGGUCUGCCAUGAACGUGGUUACCAUAAUCUUGCUUUCUGUGAGUGAUUAGACAUCUUUAUCAUAUCCCCUAAACCGUCCACCUGUGUCCCGCCACAGCAUACGGCCCUAGAAACCCUUUUCAACUCAUAUC